AUGUCCUUGGGUAAGGUACCUCUGUGGACUUAUCGAGCAUCUAGCUGCUCUAAUCCUCGUCCUUUGGAGUUCUUUUUCUGUCCUCAACCAUACUUAAAACAAACUGUCGAUGUCAAGACCAACUUGAAGGGGGCUCUCUUCUUAGGACAAUCAGUAUGCCAGUAUCGACUCAAGCCAGUUGCUGCAUUUAGUUCAGAAGAGACGCAUCCCACUAGUCAGGAAAUAGGGACUUUAAAGAGAGGCAAUAACUUUGAGAGAUGGGAUUCAAUGACGGCAAAGUUUGCAGGAGCUGCAAAUCUACCAUUUCUAUUGUUGCAACUGCCUCAGAUAAUACUCAAUGCUCGGAAUCUUCUAUCAGGGAACAAGUCUGCACUCUUAGCCGUCCCUUGGCUGGGGAUGCUGACGGGAUUGCUCGGAAAUCUCUCUUUGCUAUCAUACUUUAUCAAGAAGCGGGAGACUGAAGCAGUAGUGGUGCAGACUCUAGGAGUUGUGUCCAUGUAUGUGGUGAUUUUGCAGCUGGCUAUUGCUGAAGCUAUGCCUCUCCCUCAUUUCUUCGUCACUUCUAUUGUGGUUGCUUCGGGUCUCAUCUUAAAUUGUAUGAAAUACUUUUAUUUGCUCAAUCCCAAAAUCUGGACCUUUUGGGAAGAUUUUAUUACCAUUGGCGGUUUUUCUGCACUUCCACAAGUCAUGUGGUCAACAUUUGUCCCAUACGUCCCAAACACUAUCUUUCCUGGUAUGAUUUCCUUCGUGACAGCUGUGACUUAUGUUCUAAUGGCUCGGAUGGGCAAGCUCUCGGAUGAAGCCACCAAUUUUCUCGGAUUAGUUUCUGGAUGGACUGCCACUCUUCUUUUCAUGUGGAUGCCUGUUUCACAAAUGUGGACGAAUUUUCUGAAUUCUGAUAACAUCAGAGGUUUAUCAGCUGUUUCAAUGUUGCUUGCCAUGAUCGGGAAUGGACUUAUGAUCCCACGUGCCUUAUUUAUUCGGGAUUUAAUGUGGUUCACUGGUUCAAGUUGGGCCUGUGUUUUCUAUGGAUGGGGAAACCUUAUGUGCUUGUACUGCUUUAACUGCAUUAGCAGGGAGUUCUUCUUGGCUGCAACCCUUGGCUUCGUUGUCUCGAUAGGAAUUACUCUGUGGAGAGAUACACAAGCUCAUGGACACAGUUCACUAGUCACGUCGUUAAAGGAGUUAGUUUUUAGUCCAUGA